UCGAGUUUAUUGUUAUACACUGUAUACUUGACGCUAUACGGAUUUAUACAAAACGUAAAUUAAUACAUAAUUUUAUUCGAUUUUGAUUUAUGUAUUUGAGGAUUGACAUAGUUAUUGCCCUCAUUUUGUUCCAAACAUCGAUUGAGGAUGAGGUUAAAAUUAAAAUUGAGGAUGGAGUAAGCACUUCUAGUGACUUAAAUCACUCAAGUACUAUAGUCGCAGGAUUGCAAUCCACAACAGCACCAAUCUCAUUAAAAGCAUGCCCUGCUGGCGUAAACAACAUGUCUACAGCCAUAACUUCUGUAGCUUCAAAAACUACAAUCGGUACUUGCGGUGCCCCGACAACCAAAUCUAACGAACUAGACGACGAAAAGUCGAAAGAAACGCUAAACUUAUUGAGGAAAGCUCUGGAAAUUGAGAGGCAAAUAAACAUGGAGGCUAAUAUGACAUUGGAGUUUUUGGAAAACGAGCAAAACAAUUUCGAAAACAAAGAGAACGAAGAGAGGCAGAAAUUAAGUGCCUUAAAUAGCAAUUUCAGCGAGGCGGAAAAGGACCUAAAGGACAUCCAGAAAUCCGUGAAUGCGGCGAAGCAGUCAGAAUCCGAAGCCAAACUCAAUAUGGAUAAGGUCGACACCAAAAGGUCCAAGAUGAGAGCCAGGAGGAAAUCCAAACGAAAUUGUUCAAAAUAUGAUAGAAGAGGAAGGAGAAGAAGGCAUUUUAUUUAUUUAUAAGUAUUGCCAAAUGUUGUUUAAAUUAUAAGCGAAAAUUAUUGGGAUAUAUUGUUUACUGAUUUCUAUAUUUACAAUGUUUUAUAUUAACUAUUUCAAAACUACUCAAUGUUGAAGAAUGGGGUAAAAUAAAACUAAAAUGUACACAGA